AUGCAGAUCUUUGUCAAGACCCUCACUGGUAAGACGAUCACCCUCGAGGUUGAGUCGUCGGACACCAUCGACAACGUCAAGUCCAAGAUUCAGGACAAGGAGGGCAUCCCUCCUGACCAGCAGCGCCUUAUCUUCGCCGGCAAGCAGCUUGAGGACGGCCGCACUCUUUCGGACUACAACAUCCAGAAGGAGUCCACUCUCCACCUCGUUCUUCGUCUCCGCGGCGGCAUGCAGAUCUUUGUCAAGACCCUCACCGGCAAGACCAUCACCCUCGAGGUUGAGUCCUCGGACACCAUCGACAACGUGAAGAGCAAGAUUCAGGACAAGGAGGGCAUCCCUCCUGACCAGCAGCGUCUUAUCUUCGCCGGCAAGCAGCUUGAGGACGGGCGUACUCUCUCCGACUACAACAUUCAGAAGGAGUCGACUUUGCACCUUGUUCUCCGCCUCCGUGGUGGUAUGCAGAUCUUCGUCAAGACCCUCACCGGCAAGACCAUCACUCUCGAGGUUGAGUCGUCGGACACCAUCGACAACGUGAAGAGCAAGAUUCAGGACAAGGAGGGCAUCCCUCCUGACCAGCAGCGUCUUAUCUUCGCCGGCAAGCAGCUCGAGGACGGGCGUACUCUCUCGGACUACAACAUCCAGAAGGAGUCAACUCUCCACCUCGUCCUCCGUCUGCGCGGCGGUAUGCAGAUCUUCGUGAAGACUCUCACCGGCAAGACCAUCACGCUAGAAGUCGAGUCGUCUGACACGAUUGACAACGUCAAGUCAAAGAUCCAGGACAAGGAGGGCAUUCCUCCCGACCAGCAGCGCCUCAUCUUUGCCGGCAAGCAGCUCGAGGACGGCCGCACGCUCAGCGACUACAACAUCCAGAAGGAGUCUACCCUCCACCUGGUGCUCCGUCUUCGUGGCGGCGAGUAG